GUUUUUAUAACCCAUAUUUCUCCAGCUUUAGCUGCUUGCGCCGCUCGGUGCCGUCUGAGCCGCGUCUGUGGUAGUGUAGCGGGUGUAAACCUGCAUAAGCUGACGCUCUUGUCCGCUCCUUGAUCAAUGUUGUGUUCUUGACACAAGACCAGGAAGCGAGCUCUCACCACCUACAAGCUGCUAGCUGAUACCUUAAGCGAUGACAGCAGAAAAGAAUCGGAAAGCAAGAUACAUGGUUAUAAUUUGACAGGAAACGACGCUGUUUAAGAGCUGGCAAACCGAAAGGUUAAAACUCUUUUAGCUGGCUUAGUUUACCGUUAAGACUCCUAGCUGCCUUGUUAUUUAGCCGUCUGAAAGGAUCGUUGGUCGCUAAUAUUAGCAGCUAGUUACCCGCUAGCAAGUUUGUGAUGGCGGUGGCGCACAGAGUCUGUUUUGCGGCUGUAUUUUUAUUCGCAUUACUUCUGCCUGGGUGCGAAACAAGGAUACACAAGCUCACCCUGAAGAAUGAAACUCGCCACACCAUCGACCUCAACAACUUUGGCUUCUACGCCAACGCAACUUUGGAUGUCCACCUGUCCUCACUGCGGAUCCAGGAGUCCCUCGUGGACUUCGUGAAAUACCCAGUUGGGUUCAGCUUGUCCAGAUCACGUGUUAAUGGAGUCUUGUCCUACACAGCAGAAGAGUCAGAGACAUGCCCGCUCACGCUUAAGAAGUCAACCAAUGACGAGCCUCUCAUUCUUUUUCUUAUUGAUACCAAGAAACAAAGUGUCAAUGUGAGUGUUAUAGGUGCCCAAGACAACAUACUGAUGGCAAAGGAAAAGCAUGAAGCAGACAAAGGUCAGAAGAAAGUCAAACGUGCAGCAGCUGAUUCAUCAAACAGUAAGAAGGAAAAAACAGCCCUGCCCCAGGCACCAGCUGCUAAUCAGAGUGAUGGCAAGUCUGUGCAAAACCCAAAAGCUGAAGCAGAUAAUGUGGAGGGGACAUUCGAUCUGAGCAAGAAAAAACAGCUGACUUUAGAGUUGGGCAAUAUCGACGGCACCUACAACUUCAGCUUCCACAUGGUGUUUGGCUCAAAGGCAGAGGGCCUGUACAGCCUGAAGUUCCACUACUGUCAGAACAGGGAGCCAGGGAUCGACAGGCCCUACUCAUUCACGGUGGAAGUGACGGAGAAGAAUCCUGGUGCUUACCUCUCUGCAGCUGAAAUCCCUCUGUCUCGCCUUUACCUUUGUAUGGCUGGAGUUUUCUUCGCUGCUGCUGUUGUCUGGGUGUACAAUCUCAUGAAGCACAGUUACAGUGUGUUUAAGAUCCACUGGCUGAUGGCAGCGCUAGCAUUCACCAAGUCCACGUCAUUGUUUUUCCACAGCGUCAACUAUCACUUCAUCAACACUGAAGGGCAUCCUAUUGAAGGCUGGGCCGUCAUGUAUUACAUAACACACCUGCUCAAGGGGGCUCUCCUGUUCAUCACACUGGCGCUGAUUGGUACCGGCUGGGCUUUCGUUAAAUACAUCCUGUCCGACAAGGAGAAGAAGAUCUUCAUGAUCGUCAUUCCUCUGCAGGUCCUGGCCAAUGUCGCCUACAUCAUCAUUGAGUCUACAGAGGAAGGCUCCAGCGAAUACUAUGUGUGGAAAGAGAUCCUCUUUCUGGUCGACCUUAUUUGCUGCGGAGCCAUCCUUUUCCCUGUUGUCUGGUCGAUCCGUCACCUACAAGAGGCUUCUAGCACCGAUGGCAAAGCUGCCAUGAAUUUGGAGAAGCUCAAGCUCUUCCGGCAUUAUUACGUGAUGAUUGUGUGUUACAUCUACUUUACAAGGAUCAUAGCCAUUCUGCUCAAGAUCACUAUGCCUUUCCAGUGGCAGUGGUGCUAUGAGUUUCUGGUGGAGGUGUCCACUCUGAUCUUUUUUGUGUUGACGGGCUACAAGUUUCGCCCAGCAUCCAAUAACCCCUACCUGCAGCUUCCCCAGGACGAGGACGACGUAGAGAACGAUGAAGUAGUGACCGAGUCAGGCGCACUUGAAGGCAUUUCCAAAGUCAAGAAGACCUCCAACGGACGCGAGCACCAGAAAGAGUCCACCUUGUGAGCAGGAAGCUGCAUCUUUGGGAGAGGCCAAGAAACAUCCCAGGGCCAGCUGAUAGAAGGGUUACACACACGGACCAAGGCUCUCCACUUCCAGUGACAGCUCUCCUAUUGAAACUCUUUAAGUGGUUGUGCCCACUGUCUGGCUAUGCAAAAAAAAAAAUAAAUAAAACAACAAAAGAAGGAAAAAAAAAAACCUAACUUAUUGGACGCUCUCCAUUUCCUGUCAAUACUCCACCCAAAACCUGCGAGAGGUUUCAGGGGGCUACGGCCACAUGGAUGGGUGGAAAUCUGGACAGGAGCUCUGAUGUUCUAUAUGGUUUCAUUUCUCUCGCUCUCGCUCCCUCCAAAGAUAAAUUUCAUUUUAGGAAAAGACUUGCUUUUGGGUGUGUUUAUAUCUAUUUAAAAUUGUACUUCUGCGAGCCUCUAAGCUGUACUUUGUCCUGUGUGAUGUGAGAACACGUGUGUGUGUGUGUGUGUGUUUGUUUGUGCGCGCGCAAGUGAGACAACACAGGAUUUGACCACAACAGCCCCCCCUUCCCCCCUUUGGUGACAAUAGCCCGUACUCAGGUAAAAGGCUAAUCAGUAUAUUUCCAAUUUAGGCAACUCUCUCACGCCGUGUCUCUUUCCCACUGUUCACGGGUCAGUAACAUCCCAUCUGUCAUUACACGACUUCGUCACCACGCAGUACCGUAGGUUGCUUUUUUUCCUUACAUGUAUGAUUUGUAUAUUGAAAUAUGGUUAACAAGAUGUUGUAUAUUUCAAUAUAUUGACUUAUUACAUAUUGAAAUGUUAUAUUUCAGUAUUAUUGUUAAUGUUGGAGAUGUAAGCGUUCCUCGCGGUCCAUCACUUGGACUGCUGCUGUAAUUUAGUGCUUUAGUGGUUUAAGGAUAACUCACAUACAUCUCUGUGAAUACAGCCAAUAUGGCGACAUGUGAAGCUCUUGGCAAAUGAACAGGUUUUCAGAUCAGUCUCUACAAUAGGCAGAGCAGUGGCCCCUCCUUAUUUUCAACGAUGGCCUUGUUCUUUUACCCCCCCCACCCCCGUGUUUGGCAUUGCUGUGCCAAACUGGGAAGAGAAGUGACCUAACUGAUCAUUUUUGAAUUUGCCUGCUUUUGGUUUUACCUUUAUUUUUGCUGUUGAUGUGAAGCUUAUUUUAUUAAUUAUUGAUUGAUAUUAGUUUGUGAAAGAUCAGCAAUGUGUGCAGCCAAACAAGCUGGAUGGCCAUUUGUAAAUAAGACUGUUGAUACAAAAAGGAGGCACAUAACACUCUGAGCGGUUCAUAGAGGCUUUAUGGAGGGCUUCAGACAGGAUCAACAGGUUCAGAUUCAAUGAGGUUUUUUUUUUUUAAAUUUUAUUUCUCCUGUAGACUAACAGGUAUGGCGAUGAAGGACUACUGAGAUUUAACUGCAGUCACUCCAGUUCAGGAAUAACCCCGAACCUUGGAGGGAACGAUUUAAGUGGGUGAACUUCAUCCAAGUUGAAGUUUUUCUUUUUUAAUCUUUACAGAGGGCUGUUUGGUGUCUGUAUCAACUGUCACAAUAAAGUUCUGCAAAGUUCUUGGAUUACAUUA